AUGGCAAAUUAUACACCCAUCCUAGAUACCAGAUACAAGGCCCGUUCUGAUUGGCUUGGAGGGUUUAAGUGGUCUGCAGACAUUCGCCGGCGCGUGUACGAGUGCACAUGGAAUGGCGAGGCGAGGUGUCUGUGCACCAGGCGAGGCGCUUUCUACGCCUGCUUCGCCUAUCGACGUCAGUGCCGCGGCGAUUAUCGUGACCACGCCAUACCCUCUGUGAGCGCGUGA